UAUGUGCUCAAACGCCCCGGUGUGGACGAAUUUUUGGAUGCUCUAGCCGCCAAAUUCGAAAUCGUGGUGUUCACCGCCGGAUUGAAGGAAUACGCGUCCCUGGUGCUCAACCAAUUGGACAAGAAAUCCGUGAUUUCUCAUAGACUGUAUCGGGAUUCUUGCAAGGAAAUCGACGGGAAAUUCGUGAAGGACUUGUCUGAAGUUGGGAGGGAUUUGGGAAGGGUAGUGAUCGUGGACGACAAUCCAAAUGCAUACUUCUUUCAGCCGGAAAAUGCGAUUCCGAUCCCGUCGUUCAUCGAUGAUCCGGCGGACGAGGAGCUUGGGAAAUUGGUGAAGUUUUUUGAGGUAUGUGAUUGCUACGAUGAUAUGAGGGAUGCGGUGAAACACUAUCUGAGUAGACAAGAAAUUUGAAUUCUGAGUGUGAAAUCUGAAUCAGAGGAGUUUCUUGCUUUGUUGAUUGAAAUGAUUAUGUGUAGUUGAACAAUCACUGUUCAAUUAAAGAUGAGAAAAAAAAAAAAGCAACUUCUUCUCUGCUUCCUCAACAGAUCAAAAUUCAAUUCAUAGAGCGUUAGAUUUUGCAUCUCCAAUUUGCAGAUCAGAUUGGGCCUUUUUUUUUUUAUAUCGGUUUUGUAAU